CUGACUCUCAAGCACCAAGCAGAGCUUCAUCUCCUCCAUGCAGCUGCAAACCACAAAGAGACCGAUGCAUUUUCCCUUGGGGGAGUGCUGCACCUGUGCUUGGCUGUCAGAGAGCUGUUCACAUUGUGAGCGCCACCGCUGCCGAGGAGGGGACAACGGCUCUGUGACAAAGGUCCCUCGAACGCAGCCCCUACAUGUCGAAUCAGGGAAGACAUGGAGGAAAGCUAUGAGACUUUUGAAGAAGAGCUUGGACCACCAAGAGAAGAUCCUCCUCCACAGAAGCCUGUUCGACAGCUCCGAAGACCAGAAAUGUACACCAACAGGAAAGUCAAAGAGGAAACAUCCGGAUUUCCUCAGCAACCAAAAGUAGAACCAAAGACCUUACCAAGGGAGACAAGCGUGCCCAGGAAACUUCCCUUACAUAAAAGUAUGUCCAUCCAGAAUCUGGCUCAGAUUGAAACACCCUGGGAGAACGUCACACUCAACCGUUGUCUGUUUGUGGCCAUUACUAUCCUGGUGCUCACCUCAGGGAUGCAGAGACUUCAUGAGGCUCUGCGUGGUCAGGAAGUCACAGCAGAGGAGGAAGAGGUGGAACUGACUGUGAGACAUCCAUCCUUGUUACAACACCGAGGGAAACCACUACAGCCAGAAACAACUCUGUGGGAAGUUUUGUUUUGGUGGCUGCCAGACCUCGAUGAUGAUAAUGGAAAACGACACAUGAGAAAGGGAGGUGUCCGAAAUAAACCAGUACCAGACAAAAAACUGAUGAAGCAACGAGACGGGACAUUAAAGAGCAGAAGAGCCAAGAAAGUCAAAGGCCAAGAGGCUAAAGUGAAGAAAGAGAAGGAUGCAUAUCAGAAACAUGAGGAAAAUGAGGAGGUGGUACCCAACACAAAAACACAGGAAAAGAAAAAGACUCAAAAGGGAUGAUUUCUCUUCCUUGGUGUUAAAUUGUUGCAGUUUUUACCACAACUUCAAGCACCGGUGAAUGUGGCUUGGCUGUCAAUUCAGCUAGAUUUGAAAUGUUAUUAAAAGCUGUCAGAUGUGCCCCUUAUAUUGUUUUUGUGCUAUACAGAAGC